GAGGGAAGGGUGGAUGGAGUGAGUUCAGACUGCUGUUGCAUUACAGAACACUGUCAGCAGCGAAGCAGCUGAGCUCUGUGCUGACAUCUGAGAGCACAGCAGGAGAAGAAAAACGACAAAUGACAUGACAGCCAAGGGGUCAAAUCCUCAAAAAGAACGGAAUCUGAGCAGAUAGGACGGAGACUCUCUGGGGAAGACUGAUCAGCGUCGGAGAUGAACAGCUGCCAACUGUGGGAUUUGAAGAUGUGGGUGCUGAUGGGAGCAAUCUGUCUGUGCCACUGUGUCUUUGGACAGCUGUUUGAGACCAAAGUGAAAGGAGCACCGCGUCUGAUCUGCAGUGUCCCCGGGUCACCGGGCCUGCCUGGCAAACCUGGUCCCGGCGGGCCCCCCGGAGCAGAUGGGAAUGUGGGUAUCCCGGGAAGAGAUGGCAGAGAUGGCAGGAAGGGUGAAAAGGGAGAAAAGGGAGACACAGGGUUUAAGGGCAGAGUUGGCCCAACAGGUAGGAUUGGAGGCCGAGGUGAUCGUGGCCCUGCAGGGAAACGAGGCCCGACCGGAGAGAAUGGAGAUGUGGGCCUAGUUGGUUCUCUGGGCCCUGAAGGUGAGAAAGGGGAAAAGGGCAAAAGAGGGCCACGUGGGACUGCAGGGAUCUGCAAGUGUGGCAGCCUGCUGCCUAAAUCGGCCUUCUCUGUGGGAAUCACCAGCAGCUACCCUCAAGAGAAAACCCCCAUAAAGUUCAACAAGGUCCUGUUUGACGAGGGCGGACACUACAACCCACAGACGGGCAAGUUCAUCUGUCCAUACCCCGGUGUUUAUUAUUUCUCCUACGAUAUUACACUGGCCAACAAACACCUGGCCAUUGGUCUGGUGCAGAAUGGUCAGUAUCGCAUCAAAACCUUUGAUGCCAACACGGGGAACCACGACGUUGCAUCUGGGUCCACUGUGAUGUACCUGAACUCAGAAGAUGAGGUGUGGCUGGAGAUCUUCUUCCACGACCAGAAUGGGUUAUUUGCAGACCCGGGCUGGGCGGACAGCUUGUUCUCUGGCUUCCUUCUCUACGCAGACACAAACUAUUUCGACACACUGGCCGAGGACUAUGCAUAGAACCUGGAAAACACAAACUGCUAGUAACUGUUGUUUUUAAAAGAUUAUUUUACAACACACAUAGUAUGGUCAAACUAUAUUUUUAUACAAACAUUUGUACUUCUAGUUAUAGUGCUAUUAUAGAUACUUGAAGCGAUUUUAAAUUACAUGAUUUUUAUUAAGCUUGAAUAUGUUUCUGAUGUAUUUGUUUUGGAUCAGAGUUGAAUCAAUAACUUAAAUAAACAUUGUUGACUGGUCCAAGCUUAGUUUGGGGAUUUGCCUUCAU